GCUCUUGUCUGUUUACCCUGAGAGAAACACAAACAGCCAAAAGUGGGGCAAAGAGUCCACACCCGAAGCCGAAGGCAGACUGCCGGGGAGAAGGAGAUCGUCCAUCCAUCUCUUCAGAAGAUGGAGCGUUUGUUUCUGCUGUGCUCUGGUCUGCUUGCGACGACAGUGACAUCCCAACAUAAUGUUUGUUCCCGGCCUGAACUGAGCGGGAACAUUGAGAUGUCUGGGAUCCAGAGGUUCUCCAGUCCCGGUGAAGAGUUAGCCCUGUCCUGUAAAGAGGGAUAUACUCCUGUGUCGGGCCCACGCAAGAUUGUUUGCACCAUCAACGGCGUGUGGACAAGCACCAAGCUAAAGUGCAUACCAAAACAAUGUCCACAUCCUGAACUAAUCACUAAUGGUGAACUGUUUUACGAGGACACAGUGUACCAGAGUACAAUCAACUACACCUGCCAUGAAGGGUAUAUGAUGACUGGAGAGAGUUCAGCAGUGUGCCUAUCCAACGGGACAUGGAGUUCCCCUGCACCAGAGUGCAUACCUGUACUCUGCGGUCUCGCUCCUGUCCCACUGUAUGGAAUGGUCGUUUACGACAAGGUGAUCAGAGGAAACACGGUCAAUUACGGCCUCACGGCGACGUAUAUCUGCAAUCCCCCGUACGCACUUAUCGGCAACCCAGUUGCAGAGUGCACCGCCAGCGGGACCUGGACCAAGACACCAGAGUGUCAAGUGGUGACCUGCCCUCCACCAGAGAGCAUUGAAAGAGGCUACAUGUCAAUCAAUGAGAAGAGGGAGUUUUUCUACGGGGAAAGAGUCAAGUAUGGCUGCGAGAGUCCAUAUGUGCUGGACGGAAAUACAGGGGUGAUCUGCCAGGAGAAUGGACGGUGGUCUGAAAAGCCAUUUUGCAAAGCUCCUUGUUCUGUUAACUUACAAAGAGCAAGAAUUUUGCACAACGGGAAGAAAAUCUGGAUUGAAAACUUCCAGCCGAACCGUGUCUUACACCUAGACAUCGUCUCUGUCUACUGCAUGAACGAAGCCAUGAAAUGUGGUUAUGCCGUGCCGACCCAGUGCAUCGAUGGAACGCUAAACAUCCCCGAAUGCUUUGAAGAACCCAGUGAGCUGGAGUACACAUUGAAGCCAAAUUCACUUCCAUCAGAGAUCAACCAGUGCUGAAGUGGCAGAUAUUUUCUAUCCUGAGGCUGUCAUAAAUUUCCACUACCUUUCAAAGAAAAGAAGAUGAUUUCAAUCUGUCUGAGAUUUUAUUGUAUAAUUUUUAUUAUUAUUGUUAUUAUUAUAAAUUAAUGUCAUAUAACUUCAAAUGUAAUAUGCAGAACUUCAUUUAAUUUGAAUGGUGCGUCACUAAGGUGUCAUUCUGGCCACAUGCCUUUGAGAUUUCUGUUGUAACUGUCACAGCUGAAAUGUGGUAUGGUUUGAGGGCAUGAAAAUAUCCAAUAAAUACUUUAUUGCUUAAUAAAAGUAUGAUCUGCAAUCUCACACACAGUGUGAGACUAAAUUUACCAGGGUGGGGGGCAAGGAAUGGCGACAGUUUUGGUUUUUUGUUUGUUUGUUUUUUUUACUUUCACUGGUGAGAUUGUUUACAUGCGCUCAGUUUUUCCGAAAGUUAAAGCAGCUCCCCAUUCCCUUCUUGUGGUUUAAAUGCUGCGUUCCAGUUGUACACGGAGCUGGGAAAUUCCGACUUCCUAGUCUGAAAGAUUGAGUGGAACGGCCUCGGAAGUCGGAUAAUUUCCCACUGGGAACCUGGGAACAUCUCCAAUUGUAAGGCAGAUUUCGCAUUUCAAUAAGGGCGCUCCUCGUAUCAAGGAGGAUGUAAGUAAAAUGUGGUAGAAACACGUUUCUUUCACAAGGCACGUAUGUAAAAGUGCGUCCGAAAUCAACGUGAAACUGAAAAAUUAAAAGUGGUUUGUGCUUAUGGAAAGAAAAACUUAAAAUUAUGAUUAUAAAACCUAUUACAAACAACUUAUUAACUAGAACGCCGUUACCUCGGGUUUCUAAAGGCAAUAAAGAUUUUUAUCUUCA